ACCGUCACCGAGUACAUACGUACUCUGAGCCUCGGACGCGCAAGGUCAUUUUAUUCACAUUACUUUAGUUCUCUCUGUCUCAAAGUUUCUUGCGAAAAUACAAACAUGUACUCUUCGCCAUCCAUCGUCAGAAUAGUGCAGCAUAUUGAAAGCGGAGCGGCUGCGAUAGUGCAACCUCGUAAAUUAAGAACACAAAUUAAACAGGGAAAGUUAGACAAGGUCGGUACAAGUCAACAUUCACCCACUAUUAACAAUACUGCUGGCCCAUCUCAAAGUAAACAGAGAAAGUUAAAUAAGGUUUCUAGUAUUGCAAGAGAGUGUGGAAUAUGCAAAGAGAAUUUCAACACGCAAGAUAAGUUACCAAGGCUGCUGCCAUGUUUUGACUGCUUAUGUAGUGAUUGUAUUGAUCAGCUAAUUGAAACAAAACAGUUUGCAUGUCCCUUCUGUAGAAACUCAUUCGUUGCCUCAAGUGCUCAAGACUUCCAUACAAAUAAAUGCCUAGUUGACCUUAUAGAAUAUGUUAGUGAGCAAGAAUCCAAAAGGAAAACAGCCAUACCCUUUGAAGACUGGAGAGAUGAUUUCAGGACCGAGUUCACCACAGAAAACCUUGCCACAUUCCAGAGGCAUAAGUCGUACAUUCAGGAUGCAAUUGGAAGAAAUAAGAAAUUUAUAUUGGAUUUAUCACAGAUAAACCAGGACUUAGAGACAAUACCUUUAACAGUUCGGGAAAUCAUAGGAAAGAAUGAAAACUGGUUGAAGAAAUUAAAAGGAAAAACUGUAAUCCUGGAAAACAUGUUAGAUGUAAUAUCAAACAAGGGAGUUCAAAUCAAGGAAAUUGAUAAUGGAAUUAAAGUUGCCACAAGUUUUGAAUCUGUUGGGUCCAUUAUAGACAAGAGUGAAGUUAUUGAAUUAGACCUUAUUAAGAAUGGUCAGAAAAUAGCGGAUUUCAUUGAAGAGGAUGAAAUCACACACAAAACCAGUCUUAAGGAAAUUAAGGAUACAGCACAGAAAUUGGUCACCAUUGACAACAUUCUUCAGGCCAUUAGAAAUGAAGAUUUUGAUGACACUUUUCUAACAGCAGGUGAUCUUCAGUCAAUGAGUAACUGUGUUAGAAGAAUCAUAAGGAAAGGGCAUUUGUAUGCCAUAAAAGAAGAACAAGGCAGAAAAUGUUAUGCUCCAAUGAGGUUGACAUCACAGAACAAGCUCCUUCUCUAUAACCUUGGGGAGAACUAUAAACUACCAAAGGAAGCUUAUUUCAUUAAGCUGAAUGAUGUACUGAGCAUCCUGGACGGAUCAAUUAAGAGUGUUUUCAUGGAAGUCAACACCCAAAACAGAGAGGAAUCAAGGUUUACUGUUUGCCUCAUUAACAAGGGUCAGUAUGCAGAGAAUUUUUUCCACCUUUGUCUUGGGGACUUUGGACCUUCUUAUGCAGGGUCGAAACUGCUGGCCACCUUAUACAAAGGGACAAACCUUGAGCAGAUUCGAUCUGGAGAUUACAGCAGCAGCGACGGAAGAGGAGGGAAGGCAGUUGUGGUUGGUGUCAACUGGUGUCGGGAGAAAACCAAACUGAUGUAUAAAGGCCACAAUGUUGUAACAGGUUUAGUAGCAGGAGUUUCCAACUCAGAAGCUACAGUUUCACAAUUUUCAAUUUACACUGGAAAUGAUCCUACUACCACAGUUAGAUACCCCUUUGGAAUGGUGGGAGAAGGUAUGAAUGUUUUAACCAAAGCCAUUUCAGAGUGUGCAGAAGGGAUCCAACUAAAAAUUAAGAAUUGUGGUUGUAUUAUACCUAUUGCAGAUGGAACUGACUGUGACUAAGCCACUAUUCUACUUUUAUAGAAGAGUACUAAGUGAUAUUGUUGAAUUUUAGCAUCUCACAUUAUUAUCCAGUAGGGAAAGGCACUGCUACACUUCACACCAUUAUUAAGAUUAAUUUCAGUAUCCCUUCUGGGGCCAAAAUGGAAAAUUUCCCACCUUUUAUUUUUAUCCAGUGCCUCAUCUUUUGUCCUCCCAAGCUGUCAAAUACUUUGUGUUUAAUUCAGUUUUAGCUUUCUUGUAAGAUUAGAUAUUGAUCCAUUCACACAUGAAUCGAGGACAUAUUCGGUGAUUUUGUUCAUUCCUGAAUAUGCCCUAUUAUUAAAAUAAUUUGUAAGAGUAUAAACUAGUACCAGAA